GUGACGAAGGGAACAGAAAGCUUUAGGUUUUGACAUCGAAUCAAUUGACCAAAAUAUUACAUUAACGUCAAAAAUGGUUUCCCCGGUCCCAUUGCCACUCUCCACCGCUCCACUUAACCAAGCUGCCCAAAGGGUUUUGGCGGGAUUCAACAUCGCCGUCACCGGAGUUUCCCCGGUUCUGGAAACACUGGGCUGAGCUGAGCUUCACACUCACCUCAUUGUCGAAGUUCCAUUCAUUCUUCUUUUGGUCGUCGCCGACACACACAGAAUGCAGUCUCUUCCAUCAGAUACUUGCGUUCUUCGUCCUUAUCGAUAUUCCCUUUCGACCUUCAGACCUCGCACUUCACUUGUAACUUCCUCUUCUUCUUCUUUUAACAUCCCUCUCAAUUCGUCUUUGUCCUCUUUUUCUCUGGUUGGGUUACGUCGUGAAUCUCCUCUACUGUUAUUCGGCGAUCCAAUUUGGAACGGGAACCCUUUUGUUUGCUCCCAAACCAAACGGAGGGAUUUUGGAUUGUUAGUUCCUCCUCUUCGAUGCGAACCGUCAUCGAACGGCAACAGCGUUCAGGGCGAGCGGAGUUUGAUGCAAUGGAUUGAAUUGAUCGGAGAAGCUUUGUCUACUGCGUUUCCUGUUUGGGUGGCGCUAGGUUGCGUUUUAGGGCUGCUCAGACCGGCUUCCUAUGCUUGGGUUCAACCGAGAUGGACUGUUCUUGGCAUUACUCUCACAAUGCUUGGUAUGGGCAUGACAUUGACCCUCGACGAUCUUCGUGGAGCCCUGGCUAUGCCUAAGGAAUUGAUUUCUGGGUUCGUGCUCCAGUAUUCGGUGAUGCCAAUAUCAGGCUUUCUUGUCAGCAAGCUUUUAAAUUUGCCAUCUUACUAUGCAGCUGGUUUAAUAUUGGUUGGUUGCUGUCCUGGUGGAACAGCAAGCAAUAUAGUCACUUACAUUGCAAGGGGAAAUGUAGCUCUUUCUGUGCUGAUGACCGCCACAAGCACUAUGGCAGCCGUGAUCAUGACCCCUUUUCUCACUGCCAAACUUGCUGGUCAAUUUGUUGCUGUGGACGCAGCUGGGUUGUUAAUGUCCACCCUGCAGAUUGUGCUUCUUCCAGUGUUGGGUGGGGCAUUUUUAAACCAGUAUUUCCAUGGGUUGGUUAGAUUUGUCUCUCCAUUCAUGCCCCCUAUUGCUGUUGGCACUGUUGCUAUUUUAUGUGGACAUGCAAUUGCUCAGAGCUCCUCUGCUAUUCGGAUGUCUGGUCAGCAAGUAGUCCUGGCUGCAGCUCUUCUUCAUGCUUCAGGAUUUUUCUUCGGUUAUGUACUUGCAAGAUUGCUUGGCAUUGACAUUGCAUCUUCUCGAACGAUCUCCAUUGAAGUUGGAAUGCAGAACUCGGUGCUAGGGGUUGUUCUUGCUAGCCAGCACUUUGGAAAUCCUCUUACGGCAGUGCCCUGUGCAGUUUCAAGUGUUUGCCACUCAAUCUUUGGCAGCGUUCUUGCUGGGAUUUGGAGGCAAAGCAAAGACUAGGUGAAAAUGAUGUCUAAAUUUUGUAAGCAUCAUUUGUGUUUUAUCCUUUUGGUUUAGUAGAUUUUUGUAACAUUUGAAUAGUUCUUGACAGGUUGUUUGCAAUCAUUCCAUGUUUGAACUUUGUCUAAUCUUGUUUUAGAAUAAAUCUUAAAUUGUUUUUUUCCAAUAAAAAUAAAUUUAAUUAAGUGU